GACCGGGUGGGUCACCUUGCCGGAAAGGGAGGUGUGGCUGCUCUGGCAACCCAUCCUCCCCGCCCCCACCUGCCGCACCUUGGGGCGGGGCGGGGCCGCCUCUUGGGGCGGGGCAGGCGCCUACCCCCGGGACUCCAACCCGGAACUAGUCUGGCUCCCUUGGGAAGGCCGCGGCGCUUGGCCUGGAGCGAGCCUGACCGUUGAGUGCGGGCCACGGGGUCCAGGCCUUGGACAGGGAGACGCCCUCGUUCUCGGAGGCACCAGACCAGGCACGCCCUCGGCCGGAGGUUGGACAGUCUGGAAACUACAGGCGUCCCCGCCCAGCCGGACCAUGGCGCCCCCGAGGAACGUGGUGAAGAUCGCGGUCCAGAUGCGUGACGCCAUCCCGCAACUCAUCCGGCUGGACCAGGCAAAGCCUCUGGCUGCUGUGCUGAAGGAGGUGUGCGACGCGUGGAGCUUGGUUCACUCUGAACGCUAUGCCCUGCAGUUUGCUGAUGGACAUAGGAAAUACAUCACUGAGAACAACCGUACAGAGAUCAAGAAUGGCAGCAUCCUGUGCCUCAGCACUGCCCCAGACCUUGAGGCUGAGCGACUGUUGGGUGGGCUGCAGUGUGGGAGCCGUGAAAGGCGCCGGGAAACUCUGCAGCACCUCGUCUUGCUGGCCCCAGACAUGACCUUUGCCCAGGAGGUCAUCAGCCGUGAUGGGCUUCAGAGACUAGGCACCAUCAUUGAGGAUGGAGAUGACUUAGGGGAAUUGCUGGCCCUUGCACUGAGGGCCUUCUUGGAGCUCAUGGAACAUGGCAUGGUGUCUUGGGAGACGCUCAGCAUCCCUUUUGUUAGGAAGGUGGUAUGCUAUGUGAACAUGAACUUGAUGGAUGCAACUGUGCAGCCCCUGGCUCUCAGGCUGUUGGAGAGUGUGACUUUGAGCAGCCCUGCCCUGGGCCAGCUGGUCAAAAGUGAGGUGCCACUGGAUAGGCUGCUGGUACACCUACAGGUGAUGAACCAGCAGCUACAAACCAAGGCUAUGGCCUUGCUGACAGCCUUGCUGCAGGGGGCCAGCUCUACUGAACGCAAGCACAUGCUUGACUACCUGUGGCAGAGAAACCUUCGCCAGUUCAUCUAUAAGAACAUCAUCCACAGUGCAGCACCGCUGGGCGAUGAGAUGGCUCAUCAUUUGUACGUACUGCAGGCCCUUAUGUUGGGGCUGCUGGAGCCACGUAUGCGGUCACCACUGGACCCCUACAGCCAGGAACAGCGGGAGCAGCUGCAGGCCCUGCGCCAGGCUGCCUUUGAUCCUGAAGGGGAGUCUUUGGGCACCGGGCUGAGUGCUGACCGUCGCCGUUCCCUCUGUGCCCGCGAGUUUCGAAAACUGGGCUUCUCCGUGAGCAACCCCUCCCUAGCUCCCCACCCCUGCCUCAACCCAGGGCUGCUCUGUUCCAGAGGCCUGGAGUCCUUACUGAGCUACCUGUCCCUCUUUCCCCAGAACAGCAACCCUGCACAGGAUCUAGAGCGAGUGCCCCCCGGCCUGUUGGCCCUGGACAACAUGCUUUACUUCUCCAGACAUGCACCUAGUGCUUACAGCCGGUUUGUGUUGGAGAACAGCAGCCGUGAGGACAAGCAUGAGUGCCCCUUUGCCCGGAGCAGCAUCCAGCUGACUGUGCUGCUGUGUGAGCUGCUCCGCAUUGGGGAGCCCUGCUCCGAAACAGCCCAGGAUUUUUCACCCAUGUUCUUCAGCCAAGACCAGAGUUUCCAUGAGCUCUUCUGUGUGAGCAUCCAGCUGCUUAAUAAGACCUGGAAGGAGAUGCGGGCCACCCAGGAGGACUUUGACAAGGUCAUGCAAGUGGUGCGGGAGCAGCUGGCCCGCACGCUGGCCUUGAAGCCCAGCUCCCUGGAGCUUUUCCGAACCAAGGUGAACGCGCUCCCCUACGGGGAGGUCCUGCGGCUGAGACAGACAGAGCGGCUGCAUCAGGAGGGCACACUGGCCCCUCCCAUACUGGAGCUUCGGGAGAAGCUGAAGCCGGAACUCAUGGGCCUGAUCCGCCAGCAGCGUUUGCUCCGCCUCUGCGAGGGGACACUCUUCCGCAAGAUCAGCAGCCGGCGACGCCAGGACAAGUUGUGGUUCUGCUGCCUGUCCCCUAACCACAAGGUGCUGCAGUAUGGGGACGUGGAGGAGGGUUCCAGCCCACCCACCCCUGAGAGCCUACCUGAGCAGCUCCCUGUGGCUGAUAUCAAGGCAGUGCUAACAGGCAAAGACUGCCCCCACGUCCGGGAGAAAGGCUCAGGGAAGCAGAACAAGGAUCUCUAUGAGUUAGCCUUCUCAGUCAGCUAUGACCAUGGGGAGGAGGAGGCAUACCUCAACUUCAUCGCCCCAUCCAAACGGGAGUUCCACCUGUGGACAGAUGGGCUGAGCGCCCUGCUGGGAAGUCCCAUGGGUAGUGAGCAGACUCGGCUGGACCUGGAACAGCUGUUGACGAUGGAGACCAAGCUGCGGUUGUUGGAGCUGGAGAAUGUGCCCAUUCCUGAGCAGCCACCUCCCAUCCCCCCGCCCCCCACCAAUUUCAACUUCUGCUAUGACUGCAGCAUCCCUGAACCUUGACAGUGAGGUUGGCCGUGGGCCACAGCUGCUGGCACUGCGGCAACCAUGAAGAGUGGAGGGUGGAAAAGCCCAGAUAUCCGGACAAACAGAGGCUGCAGCAGAAAUAAAGUCUGCUUGGCUCUUA